AGUUCCUCGAGUGAUUGGAACUGCGCCGAGUGACCAAGUGCAGAGGCUCUGCAAUCAGACAAGGAUGCUGUACGUCGUUCCCGCCAGCGUCACAGACUGUUCUACGUUUGGACAAGUCCUUGCACGACCCCACCCCACCCCCACUCUCUUGCAAGUGUAUUUCCAACCUGCAUACUUUCCUCCUUGGACCACUGUCCCCAGUCUCCGAGUCCCCACUAUCCCCCCGCCUGGAUCCAUGCAGUUUCUUCCCACCUCCCCUCUUGGCGCUCUGCAGCCCAUUCUCCACGCAACAGGCCGAUUGAUCUUUUUGCAUCUUUUUUUUGCGCCGUAACUGAUUCAGUCAGUCCCUGCUCAAAACCUUCCAGUGUCUUUUCAUUCACUUAGGAUAAAAUUCGGACUUCGCUUGACCUACCAGACGCUGGCCUGGCCCUUGCGUCAUUCUCUUCUCAGGUCACCUCUCCAUAUUGGUAGUUCCCAGAACAAGGUGUGUAGUACUCUUAUGUUCAGAACACCGGCUUUGUGCAGAGUCUCCCUGGAUUUGAAAAUCCAAGUCCUGCCAUUGUGUCAGCUGUAUUAAAGCAUGUAAAGUAACAAAUUCUGAUUACGAAGUAGAUCUUCAAUAACUGGUUUCCAUCCCUUCAGUUGGUUCCCAAUCUCUGUAAAAAUGGCACGAUCAUCCAUUGAUGGCUCAGUGCUCUGGCCAGAAAUCUGGGAGUUAUCCUGAACUCCUCUUGCAGUUGACAUCUAGUCCAUUAGCAAGAUCUGCAAAAACGUAGUCCCAAACCGACUGCUGCUUACCAUAUCCACGAUUACUGUAGUCCAAGCCACCAUUAUCGCACAUCUGGACUCCUGUAGCAGCCUCCCAACUAGUCCCCUGCUAUUUCUCUCAAUUCCAUUCUUUACCUAGUAGUUGUCUUUCUUCUUCCUUAAAAUACUUCAGUAGCUUCCCUUUGCAUUCAAAGUACCGUAUCCCAACUGUCUGUGGCCUACUAACCUAGCUUGCCUUUAUUUAGGGCCACCUUGUAGGAAAAUGGAUUUUACCCAUUAGGUUCUCCAUUUUGCAACCAAAGGACUCUUCUAAAGUGCAAACCUGAUGGCAUCAUUUAAAUAAACAGACCUCUAUGGCUUCUAUUGUCCCAGGAUCAAGCUAGAAUUUCUAUGAUCUGGCUCUUGUUUUCUUCUCCAAAGACUUUUUUCCCGGACCAUGCCAUCUUGUUUUCUAUACUACUUUGUUGCCUUUACACAUAUUUCCUUCUAUCACAUGAACUCCCACUUGUUUAUACUUUAAGGUCAGACAUCAAUAUCAUUUCUUCUUUGAGGCACACUACCCAUCCGUGUUCCACCCAGUUGAUCAUCCUCAUUUCCGUAUUCUAGUUCAUAAGUACUCUGUAACCUCUUAUAGUUUUCAUGCACUCCAGUGUUCAUCUUCCCUGCUUCCCGGAUAGGCUUCUCAAUGGUGAGCAGUAUGCUCCUUCCGUCUUUGGUUGGCUGGCAUCGAGCACAGUGCUUUGCACAUAGGGGAUGCCAAGAAUGGAUAGAUACUUGUGUGGAGGUGGUGGUAGGAGUCAGCCCUUGCAAAGGGGCAGUCACAGCAGCUUCUCUUGUCCUUUGAGGACUCUCAUGAUAAAAUGUCUUCACAGGCAGUUACCAAAACUGCUACUGCCUGAUUAUGUUUACUUCCUUCAUGGUCAUAUAACACUCUAUAAUUAUUUAUCUGUUCUUCUUUUGUUUAUCUUACUCCAACAUAUUGUAUGUUUCAUAAGGGCAGGGACCUUGACUGUGUUGUUCAUCACUGUAUCCUUACCACUUGGCACCUAUAAAUAUUCACUAAAUGAAUGUGUGGCUACCAGAAAUAUUCCCUCACUGAAAAUCCAUCCAAGCCAAAUAGUGAUAGAGCUUUGAAGAUCUGAUUUGGGUGGAAUAUCCAGCAGGAUUAUGGAAUUGCAGAAAUGGCACUAAUUGAGUCACGAAAUCUGAGCUGUAUGAACUCGAUUUUCUACACUUGCAGCAAAACAAGCCAAGAGGAGGAACACACUCAGCCCUGGUAGUUGUAACCCAGCACUCAUUCUGUGAAUAUGGCAAACAAGGGGAACAAGAAACGUCGGCAGUUCUCCCUGGAGGAGAAAAUGAAAGUUGUGGAAGCUGUAGACUCAGGAAAGAGGAAAGGUGAUGUGGCAAAAGAAUUCGGUAUCACUCCUUCUACUUUGUCGACGUUCUUAAAGGAUAGGGCCAAAUUUGAAGAGAAGGUACGGGAGGCAUCUGUAGGACCCCAGCGGAAAAGGAUGAGGAACGCUCUCUAUGACGACAUUGAUAAGGCUGUUUUUGCUUGGUUUCAGGAAAUCCAUGCCAAAAACAUUCUUGUGACUGGUUCUGUCAUUCGGAAAAAAGCACUAAACUUGGCCAACAUGCUUGGCUAUGACAAUUUCCAAGCAAGUGUGGGCUGGCUGAACAGAUUUAGGGACCGCCACGGAAUUGCUUUGAAAGCAGUCUGUAGAGAGGAUAGUGACAGAUUAAUGAAUGGUCUAGGAAUAGAUAAGGUUAAUGAGUGGCAUGCAGGGGAAAUUAUAAAACUGAUUGCAGACUACAGCCCAGAUGAUAUCUUUAAUGCUGACGAGACAGGAGUGUUUUUCCAGUUGCUUCCCCAGCACACGCUUGCUGCUAAAGGGGACCAUUGUAGAGGAGGCAAGAAAGCAAAGCAGCGGUUGACAGCACUCUUUUGUUGCAAUGCUUCCGGGACUGAAAAAAUGAGACCAUUGAUUGUUGGUAGGUCAGCCAACCCACACUGUCUCAGGAACGUCCAUUCCCUCCCAUGUGAUUAUCGAGCCAACCAGUGGGCAUGGAUGACGCAGGAUCUGUUCAAUGAGUGGCUGAUGCAAGUGGAUGCCAGGAUGAAGCAGGCAGAGCGCCGCAUCCUCCUGCUCAUCGACAACUGCUCUGCUCACAACAUGCUGCCCCGCUUGGAAAGGAUUCAGGUGGGCUACCUGCCCUCUAACUGUACUGCCGUCCUGCAGCCACUGAAUCUCGGCAUAAUUCACACCACGAAAGUGCUGUACCGAAGCCACCUCCUGAAACAGAUCCUCCUCAAGCUCCGCAGCAGUGAAGAUCACGAAGAGGUGGACAUUAGGCAGGCCAUUGACAUGAUUGCUGCAGCAUGGUGGUCAGUCAAGCAGUCCACGGUGGUGAGGUGCUGGCAGAAGGCAGGCAUCAUCCCUAUGGAACUGACGGAUUCUGACACAGAAGCAGCAGUCAGUGAACCAGAGGUAGCCAUUGAGAAGUUGUGGCACUCCGUGGCUAUUGCCACUUGUGUCCCCAAUGAAGUCAAUGUCCAGGACUUUAUCACUGCAGAUGAUGACCUCAUCAUCUCGCAAGAGCUGAUAGACACAGAGGUCAUCCCGGGCAUGGAGGUUGGUGAAAAUACAGAUGAAGCCGGAAGUGAAGAGGAAGAGGAGGCAUCUUUAGCACAGCAGCCAAAAAUCACCAUCACAGAGGCCAUCUCAAGUGUACAGAAACUUAGACAGUUCCUUUCCACUUGCAUAGGGGUUCCUGAUGCCAUUUUUGGACAGCUGAAUGGUAUUGAUGAAUACUUAAUGAGAAAAAUGACACAAACUCUUGUUGACUCCAAAAUUGCAGAUUUCCUUGAAACAAAAUAACAUAGGCAUUUCCUACCUCUAUUCAUUUUGAAAAUGUAGUUUAUGAGAAUAAAGUUUUUUUUUUUAAGAUAGGCUAUUGAACUUAAAAUGUAAGCAAUAUUAUAAUGACAACAUUCCAGUCCUCUGAAAUAAUCAGGAAACUUCCUUGAGUGGAAUCUGGAAAUGAAAUUUGACUAAUGUGUGUUAUCUUUUGAUUAAUCAAGUGGUUCCCAAAGUUGUCUGCACCUAAGGAUCUCUUGAGGAUCUUUAAAAAAUUUCCAAAGCACAGGCCUUAUCCCAGACCAAUGAAAUCACAAUCUAUGGAGCUGGGUCACAAGCCUUAGUAGUUUGUAAAACUCCCCAGGUGAUUCCAAUGUGCAGAAAAGUUUGGGAAUUACUGUGCUGACCACAGGAAAAUCAAGCACACUGUGGGUCUGGAGCUCAGUGGUUUCCAAAUGUUAGCUCACUUGGAAGGUUUGCUAAAACCCAGAUUGCUGGGCUCUACCUCCAGUCUUCUGAUUCAGUGGGUCUUAGAUGGGGCCCCAAAAUUUGCAUUUCUAACCAGUUCCCAGGUCAUGCUGAUGCUAAUGUGGUCCAGGAUCCCUACUUUGAGAACCACUGGUCUAGCUGGAUUCUAGUACUUCUCCCUUCAGCAAACCAACUGAAUACUCACACUCACUAGCAAAAGAAAAAGAGGGGAGCAUUAGCUGUUCUUAUUCCGGAUCCACUAACUCCUUUCUACUGAUUUGGUAACUCUAGAAUCUUCUUAGCUUUUCUCUUGAAUGCCCCACCAGCUAACCAAGUAGUGAGUAGAGGUACAUCUGUCUGUGCCCAAAGCAUUGACAGGAGCCACCGAGCAUAUUAACACAUCUCGUAAUGCUUGAGGCUUGUUACCCAGAGGGAGCUGGGGCACAGGAGAAUUUGAGAAUUAAGGAGAAGGUAUGAUACAAUGUGGGGGGCCUUGUAUAUCAGAAUCCUGGGAGAGAACAUACAGUUUUGUGUACCUCUCUGACUUUCCAGACAAGGUGAGAGGGAAGUUUGUGGGAGAGAGGACACGUGUGACAGGAUUUGGAUUGGUUCCUGUUUGGAUUAUUCACGCUGCUCUCCACACCUGUGGAUAAUCCAGCCCAGAUUUUGUGGUUAAGAUGAAGGCACACUGUUUGCCUUUGUUAAAAUCACUUCACCUUUAAUUCCUUUAUGUUUGUUCUGCAUAGACGUCUGCAAGAGCAGAGUUGAUUUUAAGUUAUUUAGAACUACAUAAAUUUAUAAUCAGAUUUAUAUUAAAGUUUUUCUCCUAUGAAGAAGUCAUCCUUAAUAUCCUUUAUAACCCUAGUAUCUGUUCCUAAUAUGGAAGAUAGGUGUCUCUUUCAUUUUUAGAAGAUACAUACAAAUACCUGUCAGUGUUGUAGUAUAGUUUUUCCUUCCAUACAGGUUAAUUUUGUGGUUACUUCAGGAACCCAUUGCAAUUCAGUUAUUUUUCUUUCUGUAAUCAUUUAAUCAAAACAUAUAUAAGGCAGAUAUAUCAUAGAAUGUAUGGGACAGCCCGGGUGGCUCAGUGGUUUAGCGCCGCCUUUGGCCCAGGUCGUGAUCCUGGAGACCCAGGAUCAAGUCCCACGUCGGGCUCCCUGCAUGGAGCCUGCUUCUCCCUCUGCCUGUGUCUCUGCCUCUCUCCCUCUC